CACGAACUGUCAAUUUUGAUUUAUCCGCCGUAUUCGUCCCAGUGUUUGUAAUCAUGGAAUUUUUAUUUACCAAUGAACGUACCAUUCAUGAUAGGUUCCACCCGUAUGAGUACAACGGAGGAACGGUGACUGCAAUAGCUGGAGCAGAUUACGCGGUGAUCGCGGCGGAUACACGAUUAAGCAGCGGAUCAUUCCCUUUCGCCAUUUACACGAGGGAACAGAAAAAGUUAUUCCAGUUAACCGAAAAGACAAUAAUCGGUUUUAGCGGAUGCUGGUGCGAUGUGGUAACUUUCAGACGCAUAAUGCAGGCACAAAUGCAAAGCUACAGACUUCAGCAUAAUAAAACAAUGUCCGUUACGGCGAUAGCGCAACUGGCAUCGACGUUGAUGUAUUAUAAACGUUUCUUUCCAUUCUGGAUGUCUACAGUUCUUGCUGGGCUUGACGACGAUGGUGCCGGGUGCGUUUUCGGAUACGACCCAUUGGGUUUUUAUGAACGACGUAGUUACGCUUGCGCUGGUUCCGGUGGAAAGUAUAUCUACUCCUUCUUCGACAGUUGGAUUGCACGCAAAGAUGUCACCUGCGCACAUGCGGAGGUGAUGGGGUUAGAGGAUGCUAUCGAGAUUACUAAAGACGCAUACAUAAGUGCGUCCGAACGAGAUAUUUUCACAGGCGAUAGUGUUCAAAUUAGGAUUGUUGAUGAAAACGGAGUUGAUUAUGAUGAAAUCAACUUGAGGAAGGACUAA